AUGGUGCUCGUCGAGCGGCGCCUCUUCGCGGCGCGGGCCCGGGGCGGGACGCGGGUGCUCCACCAGAUCGCGCGCACGGGCCAGUACCCGCAGCAGCGCUACGUGGACAUCUCCGACAGCGACAGCGACAACGACUACGACCUCGAGCUCGCGCUGCCCGUCGAGCCCUACCGGUCGAGCAACCCCAUCCACUGGCUCGAGGGCCAGGUCGACGAGAUGAUCAACAGCACCGUGAGCCGCAACAGCGACCUCCCGGCCUACCCCAUCAUGCGCUACGUGCUGAGCCCCGACGGCUGCGCCGAGAGCGCCUACGGCGAGCCGCCCGCGGCGGCGGCGCGCGACGCGGCCGACGAGGGGCCCCGGACGUACGAGCAGGCGCUGAACCUGGACCUCCAGUACGAGACCGACGGCAAGCAGACCAUCGCCAACGCCCUCGCGUUCCGCGACGAGUUCGCCGCCAUGCUCCAGCGGGGCUUCCGCGUCAUCAAGCACGCGCCGCACCACAAGCCCAAGACGCACAAGCUCUGGCUCUCGAAAGACGGCGCGUACGUCUGGUGGCAGCCGGCGUUGGACGCGGGCCCGCCGGCGGCCCAGUUCCUCGUCUCCGACAUCCACAUCAUCCUCUCCUACCCGCCGGAGCGCCUCGUCGAGACCGCGCGCAUCCCCUCCUGCUUCAUGCUCGUCUUCGACCUCGGCCAGACGGCGGGCGACGCGGAGAUCCGGCGGCGCAUGGUCGUCUUCGAGACGGUCAACGUCGAGACCAAGCACCUCCUCGUCGACGGCUUCCGCCUCCUCAAGGGCACCGCGACCGCCGCCGCGGACGCGGCCGGCGACGGGAACGCGCGCGACGACGCCUCCAUCAGCCGCUGCCCGCGCCUCGAGUGCCUCGGCGGCUACAAAAUAUGGGGUCUCGCUACCACGAAGUCAAAGCCUCUCCGCCUGGUCUGCCCGGCGAUCAAGCACAUCUGCUUCUGGCGGGCCGACGACCUCAACUAUUUGAAGAUCUGGGCGCCCAAGCUCGAGGAACUCGACCUCACCGGCGCGUUCGAUAUCGACACCGUCCAGCUCAUGAUUCGGCGGCCGAAAGAUUUUUCGGGUCCGGAGUACGAGGUCCUGCUGGCCUGCGCGCUCCUCCUCGGCGCGUCGGCGCUGGGGCGGAGCGCGGCGCCGGGCGGCGCGCUCGCGCGCGCGGGGCGCGAGGCGGCGUCGGCCGUGCUCAUGCCCGCGGUGAUCACGGGCGUCGUCGCGUGCGGCGUCGGCGGCGCGGCGGACGCCGAGGGCGCCGUCGCGAGGCGGCUGCCCGGCGCCGUCGCGCGGGGCCUCCGGGACUCGCGCGUCGCCUGGCGCCUCUUCACGGCCUUCGAGGCCGUCGCGGGCUUCGUCGCGCUCGGCGCCGAGGCCGCCGAGGCGCGCGGCGCGCCGCUCGGCGCCGCGUGCGCGGCGCUCGUCCGCGCGUGGCGCGCCGCGGCGGCGCCGCGGCGCGUCGCCGUCGGCGCGGCCGCGGCCGUCGACCUCUACGAGCGGCCGGGGGCCGGCGCGCGGCCGCUCGUCGUCAUCGUGCCCGGCGGGUCGUGGUCCCACGGCGACGACAGCCGGCUCUACCGGCUCCUCGCGGCGAACGUGGGCGACGCGUGCGAUGCGGACGUCGCUGUUGUGGACUACGGCGUCUGGCCCCUGGAGGACGGCGACAGCAUGGUCGCCGGCGUCGGCGCGGCCCUCGCCUGGGCCGAGGCCGCGCGGCCGGGCGACGUCGUCGCGGUCGGCCUCUCCGCGGGCGCGCACCUCGUCGCGGCCGCGCUCCUCUGCCGCGGGCCGGCCCACGCGCCGCCGCGACACGCGGUGCUCUGCUCGGGGGUCUACGACCUGAAGGCGCACUACGCGCACGAGUCGACGCGGGGCGUCGCGGCGAUCUCCGCGCUCGGCGGCGCGUUCGACGGCGCCAUGGACCGCAACUCGCCGGCCGUCGCGUUCGACGCGGACGCGCGGCCGCCGGCGAAGGUCACGGUCGUCCACGGCCUCGGCGACGCGACGGCGCCGCCGUCGGCCGCCGACGCGCUCUGCGCCGCGCUCGCGGCGCGCGCGCCGGCGACGGCGGUGGACCGGGAGACGCUCCCGGACGCGGGCCACCUCGACUACGCGUUCCGCGCCAUGUACGACGAAGAGGCGCCGUUCCUCGAGACGGCCGUGGGCCCGAGCGCCGUGUCGCCCUACUGCGUCGACUUCAACAAGAUUCCGGCCCUCGAGCCCUACCAGCUCGUGUGCUACGCCGGGCCCAUCUUCUCGCCGGGCGCCGAGGGCGAGGGCGACGCCGCGAAGGACGCGCCGGCGCCGCCGCCGAAGUCGCCGCACCGCCGGCACAAGAAGCACCGGCGCGGGUCCCGGCGCCACCGCGCCGCGCCGCAGGAAAAAAAGCGGCACAUCGACGCGUUCUUCGACGGACACGCGAACGGCGAGCCCCCCGCGCACGCGGAGCCGCCGCCGCCGCGGCCGCGGCGGUCGUUCCUCGCGCGCGCGCGCGCCGCGAGCCGCGACCUCCACGACCGCCUCGCGAGCCGCGCGCGGCGCAAGCCCCCGACGCGCGCGUGGCUCGCCGCCGAGGCCUGCUUCCCCGUCCGCGUCGAGGGCACGGCGGCGCGCUUCGAGGCGCUCUGCGCGGAGCUCUUCGCCACGGGCGACCUCGACUGCCGCGACGACCGCGGCCGCACGCUGCUGUGGAUCGCCGUCGACAAGGGCGACGCCGACGCCGCGAAGAUCCUCGUGACCUACCAGCGGUCCCACGGCUACCUGAACCUGAGCCAGCGGGACGACCGGAAGAAGCUCACGCCCCUGGCCCUCGCGGAGCGGAACGCGCGCUUCUCGCCCGAGGUCCUCGCGGCCUUCCGGCCGCCGCCGGCCGACGCCGAGGGCGCGCGGCCGCCGCCGGAGCUCCGGGAGAUCGCGCGCAUGGAGACGAAGAUCGACCAGGCGCCGCGGCGCCGCGUGUCCGCCUUCUUCGGCGUCAACCGCGACGAGUUCGGCGCCAAGCGCAAGCGCGACGACAAAAGCCGCCUCUCGCUCGCGCGCCUCGCGACCAAGGUCCGGUCCAUCGCCGCGUUCUCCUCGAGGGCGCCGAAGCGCGACGCGCCGCCGGACCCGGCCGACGACGCCGCGGAGGAGGAGCCCCGCGCCUGA